GCAAGUGUAUGCUUGUGUGUGUGUGUGUUAGUGUGAGUAUGUGGGUGUUAACCACUCUCAGCUGUUCUCUUUAGUCAGUUGUUCAAGUCGUUUAUUUAAGUGGGAUUUAUUUAUUAAUCCUUUAUUGAAGAAGCAACACAGCAGCGGAGCUGCGGGAAAAAGUAAAUAAAAAAAAAAGAUAUUAAAAAAAGCAGACAGUUAAUAAAAGCAGAAAUGGAGCAACAAUCGGAGGCGGAUAACAAUGUAAAGCCUAUUAGAAAGGAAAUUCUAAAUCCUGGCAACAAAUACAUCGAACUCAAGUCAGGCACCAGGGUGAAAUUCCAUUUUCAAACACGUCGGGCCAACGAUGUGCGCAUUGUGGACGACAGCAAGAAAUUGAAUAAGCCCAUGGAGCUGGUGCUGGGCAAGAAAUUCAAGCUGGAAGUCUGGGAAGUGAUUGUGCAGAAAAUGUCGCUGAACGAGGUGGCCAAAUUUACAGUACACAAAUCGUUAUGCGCGCAGUAUCCGUUCAUAUCGAAGACGUUGCGGGACAUUGGAAAGAAGCCGGAGGAGCGUCGUCAUUGCUGUGGCAUGACAUUGCAGAACGAGGGCAUGGGCUAUGAGGACCUGGAUGAGCUGCUGCAGCAUCCCGUCGAUCUGGAGUUCAUCAUCGAGCUUAUCUCAAUUGAAUUGCCCGAACAGUAUGAGAAGGAGCGCUGGCAAAUGUCCGAUGAUGAGAAGAUGCUGGCAACGCACACACUCCGGGAACGUGGCAAUCGACACUACAAGGCGCUGGAGUAUGCCGAGGCAGAGAUCUGUUAUCGCGAUGCUGUUGGCAUGGUGGAGCAACUGAUGAUCAAGGAGAAACCCCAUGAUGCCGAGUGGUUGGAGUUGGCCAACAUUAAGGCACCGCUGCUAUUGAACUAUGCGCAAUGUCGUCUCAUUGCUGGCGAUUAUUAUGCAGUAAUUGAGCAUUGCAACGAGGUGUUGACCCUGGAUCCGAGGAAUGUGAAGGCAUUGUUUCGUCGGGCCAAGGCCCAUGCGGGUGCCUGGAAUCCAGCGCAGGCACGACGGGAUUUCAUCGAUGCCCUUGGCUUGGAUGCCACAUUGAAGGCAACCGUUGCGCGAGAGCUGAAGGCUAUUGAGGAGCAGCAGCAUGAGCGUAACGUGCAGGAUCGCAUACACAUGCAAAAGCUAUUCUAGAAUAUAAGUUGUGCUAACGUACUGCUCAUGCUCCUGGUCUAUUGGAGCAGCUAUGCGCAACGUUAACAGUUAGCCAAUGCCCUUCUCUUUUGGCUAAAGGGUAGCUUCGUCUACACUCUGGCCACGCACUGCUCCAAGGGGUUCAUCAUUAUCUGUUUACUCCUCAAUCAGAUGCUCUGCUUUUGGACACUCUACAAGACCCUUCAUGUGGCCCAUCAGAAACGACGUCUCAAGCAACAACAGCAACAACAAAGACAACGACGUGGACGUGGACGGGACAGAGUACGAGCGAGCGUGCGAAAGAGAUGGCGGCAUUAAUUAAAAUACAAUACAAACAAAGAAGAAAGCUGUGUUAAUUUCUAUCACAUGUAUAUUUAUCCUGUCUAUCCUGCCUACACCUUCUCUCCAUUCUUUCCCUUUUUUAACGCUCGAAAACAUACUACACUCAUUUUUAGAAAAAAAAUUUGCAUUUCAUAUUUGAAAACGGUUUCGACUUGAUCUACAAACUACAUUAAUGCAAGCCAUAUAUUAUAAUAUAAUCACCACAAAAUAUCCAAAUCGAUGUAUAUGUGUAAAAUAUUAGACUAACUCAAUUGUAACUAUUGUUGCAUGCAAAUAUAUGUAUGCAUUAGUUGUGAAUGUUUGUAUAAUUGUACUAUAUAAAUACGAGUACUUAUAUACAAGUACUCGUAAUGUAUGUGUAUCUAUAAUGCUAGAAAAUACUUUUAGACUCGUAAGCUCUAGCUGAUUGUAUGCAUGUCUAAUAAAUAUGCCUUGUUGUCUAACUCU